UUCCGUGGAGGCUUCCAUUACCUCCAUACAUUACUGUGGUGAAUGAAGGAGAGUAGAAAAAAACAGGAGGCAGAGACGGAGGGGUGGAGGAGCGACACGCCUCAAGGAAAAAAAGGUCUCUGCCUCUAGAGGAAGUGAUUGUGACGGGGUCUCCAGCGGGAGGAAGCAGCUUUGGAGUCAGGCAGAUUAGCAGCUCUCCCAUGGCUCAGUCGGCUGCUAACGGUGUGGACCAGGACUUGGCCACCAAGAGGCUGCACUCAAGGAUGGAAGCCUCUUGUUUGGAGUUGGCCUUGGAAGGUGAGCGGCUUUGCAAGGCAGGAGACUUUAAAGGAGGAACAGCGUUUUUUGAAGCAGCCGUGCAAGUUGGCACAGAAGACUUGAAGACCCUCAGUGCCAUCUACAGCCAACUUGGCAAUGCCUACUUCUACCUCAAGGAGUAUGGAAAAGCCCUGGAAUACCACAAACAUGACCUUACCCUGGCCAGAACCAUAGGAGACAAAAUUGGAGAAGGAAAAGCUAGUGGUAACCUUGGUAACACUUUAAAAGUGUUGGGGCGCUUUGACGAGGCUGUUGUCUGCUGCCAAAGGCAUCUGGAUAUUUCUCAAGAACAGGGAGACAAGGUUGGAGAGGCGAGAGCACUGUACAACAUUGGGAAUGUGUUGCAUGCAAAGGGCAAACAGCAACUGUGGGGCUGCACCCAGGAACCAGGCGAGCUGCCUUCUGAUAUCAGAGAGACAUUGCAGAAGGCUACAGGGUUUUAUGAGAUGAACUUGUGUUUGGUGAAAGAACUUGGUGAUCGAGCUGCUCAGGGGAGAGCAUACGGGAACCUGGGAAAUACUCACUACCUCCUGGGGAACUUUGUGGAAGCUAUUAAGUUUCACCGUCAGCGGUUAUCCAUUGCCAAAGAGUUUGGGGACAAAGCAGCUGAACGUCGAGCUUACAGUAAUCUUGGAAAUGCCCUGAUUUUCCUGGGACAGUUCAACUCGGCCACAGAAUACUACAGAAAAACUCUACAGCUGUCCCGGCAGCUGAGAGACCAAGUGAUGGAGGCUCAAGCGUGUUACAGUCUGGGAAACACCUACACGCUACUGCAACAGUAUGAGAGGGCUGUAGACUAUCACCUGAAACAUCUGUGUAUAGCCCAAGAACUAAAUGACAGGGUCGGCGAGGGUCGUGCCUGCUGGAGUCUUGGAAAUGCAUACGUGUCUUUAGGAAACCAUAAACAAGCCCUCCAUUAUGCCCGAAAACACCUAGACAUCUCAAGAGAAAUUGGAGAUAGAAAUGGGGAGCUAACAGCCAGGAUGAAUGUGGAGCAGCUGAUGGAGGCUUUAGGAGUCAAUGAGAGUGAUCUUUCUCCCUCCAGUUCAGAGUUUGAGAUGCAAGGAGCAAGACCUAAAAUCACCAAGAGAAACAGCAUGGACAGUGUAGAACUAUGGAAGUACCCUACAGAUAAGAACGGUGACAACCAAAACUUGGAAAAUAUACAAAGAAGAUCCAGGAAUCAGCUGUCACAACCUGGGAAAAGAAAAGGCUACUCUGACAGUCAGUCAUCUGAUGAAAGGCCCUGGUUGGACUCCCCUGUAGACACAGAUGAUAUCACUGUUCAGGUUACGCCUACAGUGUCUAAACUGGGCCGCGACCCCUCCGAUGAGGACUGCUUCUUUGACCUUCUCAGUAAGUUCCAGAGCAGCCGCAUGGAUGAUCAGCGCUGCCAUCUUGAUGAGGCACAGAACGGAGACAACAAAGAAAGUGCUGCCAACACAUCUCUAAAUGAGAUAAUAGAUCCUGCAAUUACCACAUCCCCCCAGACUGAGGAGCUGUUUGACUUGAUUGCUAGCUCUCAGAGUCGCCGGCUCGAUGAUCAGCGUGUUAGUGUUGGAAACCUCCCUGGCCUUAGGAUUACUCACAACAAUCUAGGACACCUGGUGGGUGAGGGAGAUCAUCAAGGGCCCAGCGAUGACUUCUUCAACAUGCUUAUAAAGUGCCAGUCCUCGAGGAUUGAUGAUCAGCGGUGCUCCCCACCAGAAGCAAGCCCUCACGCCCCCACAGUGCCUGAUGAAGACUUCUUCAGCCUAAUCCAGAGGGUACAAGCCAAACGUAUGGACGAGCAGCGCGUCCAGCUACCCUCAGAUGACCAGGACAGCUCUCCAUCCCCCGACCAGGAGCCACCAGGUGGCUUUCUAAGUUAGGACUUGGUGAAUAAUGCUGCACAACUUAUGUCAUUUACAAAGAUGAAAGCAGAGGAGAAAGACGGAUGAGCAGACGGAAAAAGAUGGUACUGAUGGGUGAUUUAACCAGUUUAUUAAUAAGGAAAGAAAUUUCAUGUGCAAUAGAUGGUGCCCUGUUAAAUGUUACUUGAUAUAUUAUGUAUUAAACGUGUGUAAAUAUAAUGUUAAAACAAACAAAAUGGGAGGCUCCGGGAAUUUCCAGGAAAGAACAGUUUGGAGUGAUGUAACAAGGAUUAAAAACUGUGUAAAUACUCAGUCUAAUGCCUUAAUCUGAUGAUCUUUCGGCCCUGAGAUUGUAUUCCCCAGUGUCAGAUGCAUUUCUGAAUGCGCAGGAUGGGCAUACCGUACAAUAUGGAGAGGAAAGGUUCUGAAAUUAUAUUGUUACAAUAGGAGGUGUGCACUGACGUUUAUUAACAAGAGUUAAUGUUAAGUUUAGAAAUUUAAUUCCAAUGUACUCUGGUUAAUGCUGCUUUUUUCCUUUACAUGUUAGUGGUUUCUACCACUCAAAGUGUUAUUUGUGCAGUAACAGUAUUAAUGCUGGCCUUCGACAAACCCAUUUGGUCAUUUCUCUAAUUACUUCACCAUUUUUUAUUAACCAAAUAAGAAAUGUUUUUAUUUUUAUUUUUUUUUAACAUUGAAAUACUGAUUCAAAUCUAUCUAAAAAUGGUUACAGGGCAAAUGACAGAAAUAGAGUCUUUCUCGAUAAACUAAUUUAAGCUUAAAGUUAUUGAAAUGUUUCUUGAUUUUUAUUUUUAGUGUGACGCAUUCAGUUGCCUGUGAUGUUUAAAAGGUCUGGCAGUGAACUACAUUUUACAACUAUUAUUUUCAGUUAAAAGCAGAAAGAUCUGUCAUGUUCCUAGUAUAUAUUACUCGCAGACUGCCUCUCGGUGCUCAAAACCUUUAUUGCGUCUGUGAACUGAAGGAUGCGGUCUUUAAUAUAAAUAACAUUGUGAUACAUCACAGCUCUGCGUGAUUGCUUUGGUUGUUACAAUUAAUAGAGAUGCUUAAGAAACAAAUGUAUGGUUUGGUUUCUUAGUUUGAAAAUGAGGGAGUUAAGGACUAGGCAAGGGCUGGUAAGAUAAUCUCAGGCUGUAAUAAACUUGAGUAAAAAUAUCAUGAGUUUGCGGUAUUAUGAUAUUUAUACCAAAAAUUUAACUUGAUGAAAUUGCAUUUAUUUAAAACAGAAAAGCAACAAUUAUUCAUACAUCUUGCAUAUUUAUUACUAUGGGAUUUACUAAAUUUUUUUAGUAUAAAAAAGGACUCAUUCACUAUAUUAUAUCUUUUCAGAUGUUUUUUUUAAUUCUCUAGUUUCUGCAUCAUCGCCACCUGUUUUUUGGGGGUUUAUUUUUGCACCAAACUGCCAAAAUUGUCCUCCUUGUAAAUGGUUGAAGAAGCAAGCCUUCUUUCAGUUAGUUGACCACCAAUAACGGGUCAAAGUGGGACAGACUUGUGUUACGAAAUGUUCAAUACACGAAGAAAACAUUAUGGUAUACCUUGAUAGAGGUAAUCAGCCUAUGCCUAGUACAGACUACACAUAAAAAGCUUAAAUUUGCCAAGAGCCUGAAUUUAAGACCCGCUACAGGUACUAAUGGUACUAAUAUUAUAUUUCUUUAACUUUUUAUUCAGAAGUAGUGAAUACCUCAUAUUUUAAACUCAGACUUUAUACCAUGGGAAUUGAAGUCGUGGAUCAAAUUGGAAUAUUCGGUCCAAUUCUCUUUGAUAUUACACAUAUUGGGAGCUGCAGUUAAUAUAUUCAUUUUUUGUCAUUUUUUUGUAAAUUAACAUUUUUAAGAAAAAUAUCUGGAUUGCUUUUAAUUGUCUUUGCCAUAAUUUGUACAUAAAAAAUAUAUUUUGUAUUUAUGUUCCUUUUUAAGGACAUGAAUAUGUCGCUUCAUGCUUUUAAUAAAAUGUUUCAAAUGUU